AUGCCGAUGGAGUCGUCGGCCGCGUCCCUGCUACUCUGCAGCCCCUCCUCCGACGACCGCUUCUGGGACGGCCUCCGCACCCGCGUCGACACCAUCCUCGAGGACCGCCGCCUAGUCGUAUCCUCCUCCGCCGCCACGUGCGGCGCGGCGUCCGAUCGGCCCAAGCGGCUCCGGGAGGACUCGCUUAUGCUGGUCCGGGGCCUCGACUCCGUCGCCGCCUCCCUCGCGCAGCUCUCCGACACGCUCACCGCCGCCCAGAAGGGAGUGAGCGCUCUGGCCACCUGCUCGUCCCAGGCGAGGGAGUGCGAGGAGCCCCACGCGAAGCGGCAGUGCGGCGGCGCCUCCACGGAGCUCGCGGCCCUCAAUGACGCCCAAAAAGACGCCGCCGAAGGUUCCACCGCCGACGCGCAGCCGCGUGACGAGACCAGCAGCGGGGGUGUCCGGGCCUCCUCCGAGGUCGCGCAGAGCACCAAUCUGAAGCGAGCGCGCAGCCUGGCGGUUUCGAUGGCGGGCAGGGCGGCCAAUCUGGCGAGGGAGCUCAAGACCAUCAAGUCGGAGCUGCACUUCAUGCAGGAGCGCUGCGGCCUGCUGGAGGAGGAGAACAGGAGGCUCAGAGACGGGUACGAAAACGGAGGAGCCGCCCCGGAAGAAGACGACCUGGUGAGGCUGCAGCUCGAGGCUCUGCUCGCCGAGAAGUCCCGGCUGGCGCAGGACAACGCCAACCUGGCCCGGGAGAACCAGAGCCUGAUCCAGCUCGUGGAGUACCACCAGCUCACCUCCCAGGAGGACCUCGGCGCGUCGUACGACGACGUCAUGGAGGGGAUGCGCCUUGACUUCGAUGGCGAAGAAGACGAGUUCGACGGUGACGGAGUCCCGGUCACCCCAGGCAACAAAUUGAGCGUGCUGGCCUCGCCUGAUGCGUAG